AUGGAUGCUAUAGGUAAACAUAACGUGUCUGUUGCUGUUGGUGCUUCAGCUAUAGCUUACUGCUAUUUUGGUGGGAGAACAUCUUUUGCUUUGGUUGGUGUUGUGCUAUACGAUAUGUUUUAUUCAAACUAUGUAUUCAAAUCAUCAAGUCCUACUUCUGCUAAUUUUGUAGUUGAACCUGAACCUGUAGAGAAGAAAAAACAUAAAUGUUGUGGGGGCAAAGGUGGCUCAGGUUGCUGUUCAAAUAAGAAGGACGCUAACGAUAAAGCCAAGAAAUCUUGUAAAUGUGGCCAUAAAAAAAAUACAAAAGAAAGUAAGACUGUCCCAUUAUCUACUGGAUUCACUAAUAAAAUCACACUAGAAAAAUCUAUUGGUGAUAUUACUAAUAGCACUAAAGAUAACUCUUUCCCAAUAGCGGUUGACUUUACUCAAUCAUUUAAGCCUAAAAAGACUAAAGGCAAAAAGAAGGAUACAUCAAAAAAAGUUAUAAUUUCUAAAUUACCAUCAAAGAAUUCUUCAGAAGAAGACGUUUCUGCCUCUCAGCCUAUUGCGGUCAUUGAUCCUUCGACUGUGAAAUCAGCUAUGACUGUCUCCACUGAUAAGCUGAUUAAUUCUCAAAUUUAUAUUUUUUAUUCUUCAUUACAAGGAGCUUCAUUACGCGUCGCUAAUAGAGUAAAAGAUAAUUUAAGUAAUAAAGUACAAGAUUUAAAAUAUACUCCGAUUGUAAUUCAUUUGGAUGAAAUUGAUGAUUUAGACGACUUUUUUGUUAAUCUACCAUCAUCAGAAAAUAACCAAAUUAAUAGUUUAUAUAUAUUGGUUAUACCAUCAUAUGAUACCGAUUGUCCCUUGGAUUAUUUCUUACAAACUUUGCAAGAAAACUUUUACGACUGGAGGAUUAAUAAAUUUCCAUUAACCAAAUUAUCAGGUUAUACUGUCCUAGGUUUAGGUGAUAAAGAAUCUUGGCCAGAAAAAUUUUGUUACCAAGCUAAAAAGGUAGAUCACUGGCUAUCAAAAUUAGGUGGUAGAAGAAUUUACCCAGUAGGAGAGAUAUGUAUGAAAACAGAAGGAGAUUCUAAAGUUGAUGAAUGGUCAGAUUUAUUGUCUGAAUGUUUGAAGGAUGAUAAUCCAAUUGUUUAUCAAUAUGAGCAAUCUGAUGAUGAAGAUAGCGAUGAGGAAAAUAGUGAAGCAGAAGAUGAAGACCUUCAAGAUGUGGAGGAUAUUGUUAAAAAUGGAAAGGUAAUUAAUGAUACAGAUAUCAAGCAGAUGGUGUCAAAAAACAGUCCAACUUUCAAACAAUUAAAGAAGCAAGGUUAUCAUAUCGUCGGAUCCCAUUCAGGGGUUAAAAUCUGUAGGUGGACAAAGAGUGAUUUGAGAGGGACAGGUUCAUGUUAUAAGCAAUCUUUAUUCAACAUUACUUCAAGUAGAUGUAUGGAGCUAACACCAUCAUUAGCUUGUUCGUCAAAAUGUGUCUUUUGUUGGAGACAUGGUACCAACCCAGUAUCGAAAACUUGGAGAUGGGAAGUGGAUGAGCCAGAAUAUAUCCUUGAAAAUGCAUUAAAGGGUCACUAUGCUAUGAUUAAGCAAAUGAGAGGUGUUCCUGGUGUUGUUGCAGAACGUUUUCAAAAAGCAUUUAAAGUUGGUCAUUGUGCUUUGUCUUUGGUUGGUGAGCCAAUUAUGUAUCCAUAUAUUAAUAGAUUUGUUGAAUUAUUACACGAAAAGGAGAUAACAAGUUUCUUAGUUUGUAAUGCACAGCAUCCAGAACCAUUAGAAAACUUAGGUAAAGUCACGCAAUUAUAUGUUUCAAUUGAUGCCCCAACAAAGGAUGAAUUAAGAAAGGUUGAUAGGCCACUAUUUAAAGAUUUUUGGGAAAGAAUGUUGCAAUGUUUGGAUAUUUUAAACACUAAGCAACAUCAUCAAAGAACUGUUUUUAGGUUAACCUUAGUUAAAGGUUUUAAUAUGGGUGAUAUUUCUGCUUAUGCUGAUUUAGUUCAAAGAGGGUCCCCAUGUUUCAUCGAAGUUAAAGGUGCAACUUUCUCUGGUACUUCAAAAUCUGGAUCAAAUCCAUUAACAAUGCAGAAUAUACCAUUUUAUGAGGAAUGUACUAAUUUUGUUAAGGAAUUUGCAAAGGAAUUGCAAAGAAGAGGCUUAGAUUAUGAUUUGGCUGCAGAACAUGCCCAUUCAAACUGUAUCUUACUUGCCCACAAGAAAUUUCAAAUCAAUGGUGAAUGGUAUACGCAUAUUGAUUUUGCCAAAUUCUUCGAAUUAUUAAAUUCUGGUAAAGAUUUUACUCACAUGGAUUAUAUGGCAAAGACCCCAGAAUGGGCAUUAUUUGGCAAUGGUGGGUUUGCUCCAGGUAAUACAAGAGUCUACAGAAAGGGAAAGAAUAAGCAAAAGAAACAAGACGAUAGCUCUCAAGUUGAUACAAAUAUGGAAACUACAAUUAAACCUGGAAACGAUAUCACAGAUAAAAUGAUUACCACCAAUGAAGUAAAAGCUGCAGUAUAA